AUGCCCCAGAGCUGCGCCAAGCCCUCGGACAUGGCCGAGCUCGUCAGCAGCCAGGCCUGGAUGGGCGAAAUGCCGGGAGCCGAGGCCGAGCUGAAGGAGCAGGGGGACACCAGGAGCGCUCCCUUCGCGCUGCUGCCCGCCCUGGCCGAGGAGCACGACAGCGCCGAGGAGGAGGAGGAGGAGGAAGAGGACGGCGAGAAGCCCAAGAGGAGGGGCCCGAAGAAGAAGAAGAUGACCAAGGCCAGGCUGGAGCGGUUCCGGGCGCGGCGGGUCAAGGCCAACGCCCGGGAGCGCACGCGGAUGCACGGCCUGAACGACGCCCUGGACAACCUGCGCAGGGUCAUGCCCUGCUACUCCAAAACGCAGAAGCUCUCCAAGAUCGAGACGCUGCGGCUGGCCAGGAACUACAUCUGGGCCCUGUCCGAGGUGCUGGAGAGCGGGCAGACGCCCGAGGGGAAGAGCUUCGUGGAGAUGCUGUGCAAGGGGCUGUCGCAGCCCACCAGCAACCUGGUGGCCGGCUGCCUGCAGCUGGGCCCGCAGCCGCUCUUCCUGGAGAAGCACGAGGAGAAGCCCUGCGAGCCCGCCCUGGCCGGCCACUCCUUUGGCUACCAGGGGCUGCCCAGCCCCCCGUACGGCUCCAUGGAGUCCCACCUGCUGCACCUGAAGCCGCCGGCCUUCAAGAGCCUGGUGGAGGCUUCCUUCGGGAGCCACCCCUCGGACUGCUCCACGCCCCCCUACGAGGGGCCCCUGACGCCGCCCCUGAGCAUCAGCGGGAACUUCUCCCUGAAGCAGGACGGCUCCCCCGAGCUGGAGAAGUCCUACCCCUUCGUGGCCCACUACCCCUCGGUCAGCCUGGCCGCAGCCCACGGGCACGGCUCGCACUUCCAGGGCUCCGUGCCCCGCUACGAGAUCCCGCUGGACGUCGCCUUCGAGUCCUUCCCGCCCCACGCGGCCGGGCCCCAGCUCGGAGCCAUCUUCAACGAGUAG